AUGAAGAAGAAGACAUUUCAAAAAAAGAAUCUCUGUCUAGACACAGACGAAGACUCUGUCUAAGCUGGGAGUGUCUAUUCAGAAAUUGGUCCCGAUGGUCUCCGAUUCCUUAAAGAAAACAUCAAAGUUUCAAAAGAUGGUCUUCAAGUCCAAGGACAGUCGCAGCUUCAACCCAUCAAUGCCGAUUACAUUCAAAUUGUGAAUAAGCAUUUAGGAAGAGGAGCAGCCGGAACAGUGAGCGAAGCCAUCUAUAAACCUCUUGGCAUUAGAGUGGCCAUCAAAUCCAUCAAUGCCUACGACCGAGAGAAACGAUACUAGUUAAUGAAUGACAUCAAAAUACUCUUGCAUAAUAAAAUGAAUGCCGAGAACAACUCAGGCUAUUAUUGUUAAUUUCUAGUUAAUUUGUAUGGAGCAUACUUUGACGAAGGCAGUGUUAAAGUAGUAUUAGAAUUGAUGGAUGCUGGAUCUUUGGGAGACAUCCUGAGAAUAUAUAGAGCAGCACAAAUCAAUGGGCCAAUCAUAAGUGAACCCAUUCUGGCUAAAAUAAGUUAACAAAUUUUGAAUGGAUUAAGUUAUCUACAUCUAAUAUCCAAUCAAAUCCAUAGAGACAUUAAGCCAGACAACAUUCUACUCAAUUCCCAAGGAUAUGUAAAGCUAACUGAUUUUGGUAUUUCAAGAGAUCUCGAAUAAUCUGCAUUUUGUACUACCAAUUGUGGAACCCAAGCCUAUAUGAGUCCAGAGAGAAUAGGGGCUAAAAAAUAUAACCAUUUAAGCGAUAUUUGGAGUUUUGGGAUUGUAUUGUAUGAAUUGGCAAUGGGCAAGUAUCCCUUCUCAAGUGCUAAGACUUAUUUUGAAAUGCUAGACGCAGUUGUCAAUGAAGCACAACCUGAACUCUCAGGAAAUUAAUUCUCUCCAGAAUUGAAAGAUUUUCUGACUCGUUGUUUAUAGAAAAAAAUAUCAAUGAGAGCUUCAGCAGUUGAAUUAUUGAGUCAUCCUUGGAUACUCUAGAAUUUCAAUAAGGGAGAGUCAAUAUCUGAUUGGUUAUAACAUGUCAAACACAAUAUAUUGCCAAUUGCCUAAAAAAAUAGAGAAAAUCAAGAUUAAAAAUUAAGAUAACAGUUAGAAAAAGACUGA